CUAGCUUUACACCGGCAUUCCAGUAUUGAGCUUUGUAGAAUGCAAGUAUUCCCAAAAUUGCGCAACGACCGAAUUAUCGGGCACUCCAUUGAAUUACUGCACUUUCAUUCCUGGUGCUGAAGAACAGCACCCUCGCCGAGAUUUCCCCUGUCACUGUAUUCAGACGCGAGUGUAAUGAGAGAACGCGCGGGACUGGGAACUCUUGCAGCACGCUCUUCAUCGAUUUCUGGACCCUGCACAGACAGACCCUACACCACUGCAAAUCAGACGUGGGACUUUUCCCAAGCAAUACGAACGGCUCGCCUGAUAAGGGGUGAUACAUCGCGGGGGAAACUAGAAUACGUGGAAAAUGCAGCAGUGCCCCUCUUGCGCAACCGAGUGAAGGAUUCCGGAAAAAAUGGAAGUUAUUCGUGUCUGUCUAAAGUAGAGGCGAGUCUUCAAAAUCUUAGCGGGCUGAAUGAUAACACGAAGAACCGCUGAAGUAACUCCGAAAUCUGUUCUACCCAGCUGAGAUUUCAUUUGGCAUUUACAGAGGAAUUACCCGAAGCAUUUGUGUUUAUUUAUUCACGGAAACCUGUAUUCAUCUGAAGUAAGAAGCAGCGUUUACCACAGUUGUAAUUUAUUCGUAUGGUCGGUAAAGUGUGCAUAUGCUGUUUUGAAUAUUCUGGAAAAAAAACAUUCAAGAUGAGCUGAUUUGCACCAUGAAACGCAACUAAAGCAUACUUUAACAAGUGGAGAUAUCUUACAGAAAACAUCUUGGUUGGACGGCGAGUCAAAGGAUAUUAGUAUCAGUAACCACUCCAGACUGAUCCGCGUGCUGCAUGGACUGUAGAAACAGCACCAUGGGAAUGGCUGUAGACAGUGCGCUUGCAGCUGCCUCAGACAUCUGAAAGAUGAAGCGCUCGGCCCUCCUCUUCCUGCUUAUCAGCUCAGCGGCCUGCAUCAAUCUGAAAUUUAUCUCCAAGAGAAACUCCGUGGACGGCUGCAUCGACUGGUCGGUGGACCUGAAGAAGUACCGGGUGCUGGCGGGCGAACCGGUCAGGGUGAAGUGCGCCCUCUUCUACAGCUACAUCCGGACCAACUACUCCAUGGCCCAGAGCGCCAAGCUGCGGCUCAUCUGGUACAAGAACAAGGGCGACUCCGAGGAGCCAAUCAUCUUCUCCGGGCACCGGCUCAGCAAGGAGGACGACUCCAUCUGGUUCCGCUCCGCCGAGCUGCAGGACAACGGCUUCUACACCUGCGUGCUCAGGAACUCCACGUACUGCAUGAAGGUGUCCAUGUCCCUGACCGUGGAGGACAACGACGACGGCCUGUGCUUCAACAGCAAGAUACGCCACCUGGAGAAGGCCGAGAUCACCAAGAGCAAGACCAUCACCUGCCCCGACAUCGACGAUUACCUGGCUCCGUACAAGCAGCCCCUGAUGACUUGGUAUAAGGAGUGCCAGAAGAAGACCUGGCGGAGCUCCGUGGUGGUGAACACCACCAGCGUGUGGAUCCCCGAGGUGGAGGAGGAGGACGGAGGGAACUACACCUGCGAGCUGACGUACGGCAGCCGGGUGGUGCGGCGUACCACGGAGCUGAAAGUGACAGCUCUCCUCACCACCCGGCCCCCCAAGGUCCUGUUCCCCACGGAGAGGCACCCGAGUCUCAUAGACAUCCAACUGGGCAUGCCCCUCAGCCUGGACUGCAGGGCUUUCUUCGGCUACAGUGGCGAGUCCCGGCCAAUCAUCUACUGGAUGAAGGGCGAGAAGUUUGUGGAGGAGCUGAAGGGUCACAUCAGAGAAAGCGAAGUCAGGGUCCUGAGGGAGUACCUGGGGGAGAAGGAGGUGCAGCUGUCCCUCACCUUUGACGCGGUGGAGGAGGGGGACAUGGGCAACUACACCUGCUACGUGGAGAACCACAUCGGCCGGGGACACGCCAGCGCCAUCCUGCAAAAGAGAGACCUGUACAGAUUAGAGCUGGCUGGCGGACUGGGGGCCAUCUUGCUCUUGCUGGGCUUCCUUACCGCCAUCUACAGGUGUUACAAUGUGGAGAUCAUGCUCUGCUACCGCCGCCACUUUGGGAGCGACGAGGCGGAGGACGAUAACAAGGAGUACGACGCGUACCUGUCCUACACCAAAGUGGACCCGGAGAGCCUGCACCGCAGCACCAGUGAGGAGGAGCAGUUUGCCCUGGAGGUGCUGCCGGACGUCCUGGAGAAGCACUACGGCUACAAGCUCUUCAUCCCGGACCGCGACCUCAUCCCCAGCAGCAUCUACAUCGAGGACCUGGCGAGGAGCGUGGAGCAGAGCCGCCGCCUCGUCAUCGUGCUGACGCCGGAGUUCGUGGCGAAGCGCGGCUGGAGCAUCUUCCAGCUGGAGACGCGGCUGCACGGCAUGCUGGUCGCCGGCGAGAUCAAGGUCAUCAUGAUCGAGUGCCCCGACCUCCAGAGCGUCAUCAACUACCAGGAGGUGGAGGCCCUCAAGCACACCAUCAAGCUCCUGUCCGUGGUCAAGUGGCGAGGGCCCAAGAGCAACCAGCUCGACUCCAAGUUCUGGAAGCAGGUGCUGUACGAGAUGCCCGCCAAGAGGAAGGAGAGCCUCUCCCGCCGGCAGGUGCUGGACUCCGGCGAGCAGGGCCUGUUCGGCGACCUGCAGGCGGUCUCCACCAUCGCCAUGACGACCACCUCCGCCUCCCUGGCGCCGGCGCACGCGCACGCGGAGAUCCCGGACUUCAACCAGACGAACCCGCAGAUGAGGCACUUGUGCCGGAGCUACGAGUACGAGAUGCCCCCGUCCCCCGUGCAGAUGGGCACGCUGGGGGGCCGCCACAUGUACUGCAACAUCCCCAUGACCCUGCUCAACGGGCAGGUGGGGCAGAACAACGCCGUGGGCAAGGGCAAGCCGGACGUUCACUUGAACAGCACGUUCGUCCCCUUGUCCGGACGGGAGCUCACCAGCGACAUCUGGUAGGCCGGCUUCGAGGAAAAGCUAGUCUGACUCCAGCUCUCCCUUUCUUAUCUGCAUGAGGAUUCAUUACGAUAAACUUUGGUCAAAAUGAAACAGAAACACGACGACGAUCUCCCGAUGACUUUUUACAUAGUGGUUACAUUGUUUUUGGGAUUGUUCUUCUUUUUUUUUUUUUUUUUUUCCGUUGUUCGGCUGAAAAAAAUGAGGGUAGCUCUACUUUUGAUUUUACUACUUGAAAUUCUCCUUUUGGAGAUGAGUAAUAUAUGACCUUGUUUUUUAAAGUUCAAGGUGUUGUUAUUAUGUACAGUUUUCAUAUCUUCUAGAGGCAUACAUAAUGAUUCAUUGGAAGUUUUAUUGGUGUAUGAGUAUGUGUGUGUACCCGCAUUAAAAGGUUUCUAAUUGGGGGUUGUUCAAGGCAAUGGGAGCACAAUUGCAGCACAAUUCUGUUAAGGGAAGGACCACAUUCUUUGUGAGCUUUAAAAUAUAAUAUUUAAGCAAAUAAACCAUGUUUCAAUUUACACCAAGUUAUUGUCAUUGUUUUAAGCCAAUUAAAUAUGAAUAUUUGAAAUGUUUUGUACCAUUUAUGGUUUGAUUGGUUUUCUGUCACUCUCAUAGUCUUUGGCCCUUUCUGCCUCUUUCUUUUCUUCAUAUAAUGAUGAUAAAAAUAUUUUUUUUCCUGACGCUGUAUUUUAUUGUUCUUAAUGAAGAUGUGGGCGACAGCCGUGGCCCUGCAUGGCCCUGCGAUAGACACACACACACACGCGCGCGCGCGUGCGUGGAUGUUCAGCUGAUCCGUGCCAACCUGUUUUCCAGACGCCAGCGUUUGCUCGCAGAUGGCGGUGUGUUAUCCAGCCAGACAGAAACGACCGCUGGGGAACGAUCCCGCGCGGACUCUGGGUCUCAGCAUCAUGGGGGGAAAAAAAGCAAUAAUUACCAAACUGACCUGGGAAUGUGUUAGGACUGGGGUGGACUGUCUGACACCCUUCAUUUUAAAUGGCUGCUGUUAAAAUAUACGGAUCGUUAAUCAAGUUUUAUAUGAUUGGGAACAGUCUUAUUACUUAGGUAACCUGAUUUGCUUUGUGUUUCUGUCCAGAAUGCAUAAGGUGUAAGGGUCUCC